UGGUCUCUUCACCUAGAUGACAAACUCAGGACUGGUCAAUGGCUAAGCAAUGGCUUCAUCUCUGCUGCUACAGGUGCAGAAAGAUGGUUUGCUUCUCCCUUCUGAAGGUGAUGAUGUUUGUAUUCAACGGCAUAAUAUUUCUGGGGGGCCUGGCUUUGCUGGGCAUCGGCAUCUGGGUGAAGGUGGACGGCAGUUCCUUUGCGAAGGUCCUGGGAGCUGCAGCUCCACAGUUAAUGCAGCUGAUCAACGUGGGCUACCUGCUAAUUGCCGUUGGCACCUUCCUUCUUCUCAUGGGCUUCAUGGGAUGCUGGGGGGCCGUGAAGGAAAGCAAAUGCCUGUUGCUUGUGUUCUUUGUGGUCAUACUGAUUCUCUUCAUAGCAGAAGUGGCCGGUGCUAUUGUGGUGCUACUCUUCUCUUCUGUGGCAGAUAUAUUUGUUGAGCACUUGCAAAAUUGGGCCCUGAAGACUUUAAAAGAGGACUACGGCAAGCAAGAGGACAUCACAGGCAUUUGGGCAACUACAAUGAAAGAGCUGAAAUGCUGUGGAUUCAACAACUACACUGAUUUCAACAAUUCCUAUUUCUAUCAAAAACACACUGAGAAAUACCCCUCCUUUUGCUGCUCAGACGACAAAGAGUGCCAGGAAUCUGGAGUAGACCACGACAAACAGGGCUGCCUGAAUGAAUUCCAGGUGUUUCUGAGCCGCAAUGGGAAAAUUGUUGGAGGGGUGGCUCUAGCUAUUGGGGUCCUUGAGCUGGCUGCCCUGGCUGUCUCCUUGAUCCUGUACUGUCAGAUUGGUACAUACGCCUGAAGCAAAACUGGCUACCUACCGCACAGCUCUGGCUCCAGCUCUCGGCUUCUGCACCAGCCAUGAAAGAGACAUCGCAAGCACCCUUAUUCAAAGAGCAGAUGCGGCAAUCACUUUUACUGGAUCCAAAGAGUGACAUGAUCCUCAUCCUCAUCCAUAAUUAUUAGCUACUAAUCCAUCACUAAUCAUUAAACCCUAGUUUAACAGUACUUGCUUAAAAAAAAACCCUGAAAAAAUAUGUA